GAGAGAACUAGAGAGAGAGAGAGAGAGAGAGGGAUCAAGAGAGAGAGGGAGCGAGGUAGAACUCGAGAGAAUGGUUUUCUACAGGAGCGAGGGUGGCGGCCGCGCGAGCCACGGGAACGGGAAGACGAAGUGUUCCGCGAGGAUCUGAUGCGAGAGAAACUCGCGGAAAAGUGGGAGCAGCAGUAGCAGCCAGAAGCAGCACAGCACGCUUGGCCAAGUUGCCUGGAUACGGGCAGCAGCACCGUGUUGCGCUCCGCUCCGGUGAAGUAGGAGGCAGAGCGAAGGAGGUGGAAGGUGGUGCUAAUACCUAAAAGGAUGGAGGAUCCGGUGGACAGUGGUAGAACGAAGAAGACGAUGCACGAGGCCGAUCAGCCGCCGAACGCAGGCUCGUGGUGCGUCCAAGAGCCGCGAUAGCAUAACCGUGCGUCCUCUCCUCGGAUAGGAUCCCGUAUGAUAACAGUGCCGCGACGACGACGACCAAGGUGCGACCCGACGCGGCCCGACGCGUCCGAUCCCGAGAGCGGAGCCCAGUCGUCGGCCAGCAGCGCCCGGCCCCUGCGAUAAUAGCCUCUUCUCUCUCGUCCGAACGGGGGGGAAUCGUAACGGCGUUCUCAUAGUUUUUCUCAUCGACGGGGUGGUCGACGAACCUCGUCGCGCGGUGAUCCGCGGGGAUCCUCGUUCGUACGUUCGUUCGUCGCGUAUCCAUCCACCGGCGGUGGAUCGCCGAUCAACGGAUUCUCGGCGGAUCCGAGGGUGCGAACGGACUUGAGGAGCCAGUGCCGCACGCCGCGGAUCGGGCGACCGUUCGUGCCGGAUCGCGGGUCGGUCGGUUCUCGUCGACGGAUCAGUGCACGCCCGGUGGGUGACAGUGAUAAGAAUAUCGUGUCGGCGCGGCGACGCGUCAGCACGCCGGCCGCCGACGACGACGACGACGGCGACGACGGCGACGACGACGACGACCACGGAGCUAGCCAAUUGUUUCGUUCGAGUGCGGCGGACCGGUCUAUCGCGACACACGGACACCUGUGCGAACCGGGAAGAUUCGCGGGGAAACCGCGUCCUCGUCGCCUGGCCGCGGACCGGGCACGGCCGAGACCGCCCGGCGCACCGGUGCCCUCUUAGCGAGACACGAUACACGGCUCGGCGACGAUAUUCGUCGAACGAUUGUCGUAGGAGUUAAACAGGAGCAUGCCCGAAGCGUGGGAAAAUUCGAGGCGGACCUAGAACCAGCCCAGCACCCUCUGUCGAUAGGAGCGGAGGGAGUUCGAGAGAGCCGAAGUUUCGAGCCGAAUGUACAUUGUCGUGCGCGGAAAGAGAUGGGGAAACGUUCGGUUGUGACGGCCGUGUAAGGUUGGCUGACACGCGCGCGGCUAAUAAAUGCGUCGUCUGACUGGCGAACUGUUUCGCGAUCGCACCACGGCCGGCAGCCCGGUGUCAUGAUUAUAAUCAGUGAGAGAGCCCACGACGAAGAGUUUCCGGGCGACGUGCGAGACGGUGAUCGCAGCUAGAAGUGACACGGAGCCCCGCAGUUAGCGACGCGAGGAAACGAGAGAGAGGGCGAGAGCCAGCCGUUCGGCACACGGGCAGAGAAUACGUCGACGACGACGUCGACGGCGACGGGUAGCGGACGUUGCGUCGCGUGGCCGACCUUUUGCGAGAUGCCGACCUGGACGAGUCUGCGGAAUCCAUUUGCCAUGGCGAACCAGACGAGAGCUCUGCCGCGGAUGCGAAUAAAGCUUUGUAUGGUCACCGCCGGUCUCCAAAUAGUCCUUUUGCUCACCGUUCUACCUCAAGAAAGCCUGUGCGGACGCCAUGAGAAACGUUUAUUGAAUGAGCUUCUGUCGUCGUACAACACCCUGGAGCGGCCGGUCGCCAACGAGAGCGAGCCUCUUGAGGUGAAAUUCGGCAUUACGUUGCAGCAGAUCAUAGACGUGGAUGAGAAGAAUCAAAUAUUGACGACGAACGCGUGGCUCAAGUUGGAGUGGACGGACUACAAUCUGCAGUGGAACGAGUCCGAUUAUGGCGGCGUGAAGGAUCUGCGAAUCACCCCGAACAAGCUCUGGAAGCCGGACAUCCUCAUGUACAACAGUGCGGAUGAGGGUUUCGACGGGACGUAUCAAACGAACGUGGUGGUCACGCAUAACGGCAGUUGCCUGUACGUCCCUCCGGGCAUCUUCAAGAGCACAUGCAAGAUAGACAUCACUUGGUUCCCCUUUGACGACCAACACUGUGACAUGAAGUUCGGAUCCUGGACCUACGACGGCAACCAGCUCGAUCUGGUACUCAACUCAGACGAGGGCGGUGACUUGUCCGAUUUCAUCAUGAACGGGGAAUGGUACCUCAUCGGCAUGCCGGGCAAGAAGAACACGAUCAUGUACCAGUGCUGUCCGGAGCCGUACGUCGACGUCACCUUCACCAUCCAAAUCCGAAGGAGGACGCUUUAUUAUUUUUUCAACCUGAUCGUGCCGUGCGUCCUGAUAUCGAGCAUGGCGCUCCUCGGCUUCACGCUGCCGCCGGACUCCGGGGAGAAGCUCACCCUAGGAGUGACCAUCUUGUUAUCGCUGACGGUGUUCCUGAACCUCGUCGCCGAGACCCUGCCCCAGGUCUCCGACGCGAUACCCCUGUUAGGGUCGUACUUCAAUUGCAUCAUGUUCAUGGUGGCGAGCAGCGUGGUCCUGACGGUGAUGGUGCUCAACUUUCAUCACAGGUCGCCGGACAGAUACGUGAUGCCACGAUGGAUAAAAACACUGUUUUUAAAUUGGCUGCCAUGCUUGCUGCGUAUGAGUCGUCCGGGCAAGAAAAUCACGAAGAAGAACAUCCUGAUGAGCAACCGGAUGAAGGACAUGGAGCUGCAGGAAAGAAGUAGCAAAAGUUUGCUGGCAAACGUUUUAGAUAUCGACGACGAUUUUCGUCACAAAAACAGCGCGGCGAAUCCUCCUUCCGGAUACAUAAGGUCGGCGUUCGGGACACCGAUCUCCACGGGAAGACCAGCGACAGUCGAAGACACGUCGGCGUCGUUACCUCUCAGUGGUAUGCAAGAGGAAUUGCGUACGAUCCUUAAGGAACUGCGAUUUAUUACGGAUCGUAUGAAAAAGGCGGACGAAGGCGACGAAGUUAUUAGUGAUUGGAAAUUCGCCGCCAUGGUGGUGGACAGGCUUUGCUUGUUCAUCUUCACGUUAUUCACAGUUUUGGCUACAAUAGUCAUAUUGUGUCGUGCGCCACACAUAAUCGUCCAGUAAAUAGACUGCCCCGGUCAAGCCACCGAAACAAAGCACAAAAAUACCAACGAAACGACGAUGCGUGGGUUUCGAGGAGACAGCUACGGCGGGACGAAGCAACGAAACACGGAGACACGGGACACGGAUUCGUUGCUCUCCAUUUCCUUUCUUCUCGUUCGGGUCUGCUCGCUCCUGCGCCCUUCGAUUCUCCUCCUCCUCCGGCGGCGGGAAGAAGACGGCCGUCGGCAGCGGAACGAGGGGGACCGGACACGGGAAGGUCAGAGUUGCGCGUGCAACUCCGUUCCUCCGUUUUAACGAUCGCGGGGGAACGGCGCCGACGGCACCGACGGCACCGACGGCACCGACACGGCGAUCGUCCACCGGCCGUCGAGGCGAACCAAAAGAAGAACCCGUCGAAGGAGGGCGGAAGGAGGGGCGAGGCGUUGCCAGGCAGGGAAACGGAAGCAGCCCGCUGAACCAGCUGCUGAGAAAAUCGGCGAGGAAACCCGAUCGACCGGUGUCGAGAGGAGGGAUCGUCGUCGUCUGUUCGGUUCUCUUUUACCUCACGUUGACUAGGAGUUUAAGGAUAGUUCUCGUUCGAACACACAAUUGUCCGUUCCGAUAGCGCGUUCCGAUCGUCGACGAACGCGACCGAUCGACGGUUUAUAGGGGACCGCGGAUAUAGAGAUGUCGACGAUGGGGGUUGACAACCAGGGGGGUGGUGGGUGCGGGUGAAAGGUAGAGAAGUAAGUAAUUACGCCGAUGAAACGAACGAACGAACGGACAGAACGAGUUCAGAGAAGGGGGGGGGGGGCAAGAAUGGCGCCUCGACAUACUGCUGACAAUACACGGCCACGUUGUGCGUUCACUUCCUUCGUUUAAACACAAAACAAAAAGAAAAAAAAAGUAAAGAGAGAAAUCGAAACUACCGCAGGGCGCGACAGUGGUGAGCGCCCAUAAUUGAUCGACCGCUGCGUCGUUUUCUUCUCUCCUCCGUUACAAGGUACGAAAACGAAAACGAAAACGAACCACGGAAGCGGAAGAAAAAUAACGAAAAAAAAAA